ACGGUGGUUGGUAAAUUGAUUGUCCUUCGGAGAGGCCGGUUGGCAGUGCCGCCAAACCUCUCCUCCGCUCACAAUCUUUUUCUCUCCCGCUCGGAAACCUACGCGGACACUUCCGGGUCACGCGGCGCAAGACACCGCGAGUCAUGUGAUGCCAAGAUGGCGGCGCCGCGGUAGCUGGCUCCAGGUUGUGGCGUCCAAGGAGCUGCGACGGUUUCUGCCCUUGGGCCGUGGGGGCGGCAGCGCUUCACUGGCCCCUGCGGCGGCCCGUAGUCUCGCGUUAGGCAGCGGUUCAGGGCUGGGCUGUUGCUAUUGCUGUGGGCUCGGGGUGUGCGGGUGACCUCGCUGCAGGUGUCCUGCGCCGGACGCCCUCGCCGGAGGAGGAGGAGGAGGAGGAGGGAGAGGAGGGUAACCGGCCUACCCUGUCUUCUGGUCCUGCGGAGUUCAUGAGGCCUCUGGGGGCUUUAGAGGAGUUAGCUAGAUCUCUGAGGGGAUUGUGGGAGUGCGAGUCUUCGAGUGUGCGGGAGGCAGCCUAGUACCCCUUAGGGCGCAAAGAAGACCGCAACGACUUUGCAUCCUCUUCCAGAGACCUGGCUUCCCUUCGUUGAUUACCCACGCAUUCUUUCUCACUUCCUCUCAAUGUUCUCUCCAUACAUCUGGAAAUAUGAUCAGCGCCCCUGACGUGGUGGCCUUCACCAAAGAGGAGGAGUACGAGGAGGAGCCUUACAAUGAGCCCGCCUUGCCCGAGGAGUACUCGGUGCCUCUCUUCCCCUUCGCCAGCCAAGGAGCCAACCCAUGGUCCAAACUGUCCGGGGCCAAGUUCUCUCGGGACUUCAUCCUUAUCUCCGAGUUCUCCGAGCAGGUGGGACCUCAACCCUUGCUGACCAUCCCCAAUGACACCAAAGUCUUUGGUACUUUCGAUCUCAAUUACUUCUCCUUGCGGAUCAUGUCUGUGGAUUACCAGGCGUCCUUUGUGGGCCAUCCCCCUGGUUCUGCCUACCCCAAGCUGAACUUUGUGGAGGACUCCAAGGUGGUGCUGGGAGACUCCAAGGAGGGAGCCUUUGCAUAUGUGCACCACCUUACCCUGUACGACCUGGAGGCCCGGGGCUUUGUGAGGCCCUUUUGCAUGGCUUAUAUCUCAGCAGACCAGCACAAAAUCAUGCAGCAGUUUCAGGAGCUGUCAGCUGAGUUUUCCAAAGCUUCUGAGUGCUUGAAGACAGGCAACAGGAAGGCAUUUGCGGGAGAACUUGAAAAAAAACUGAAAGACUUGGAUUACACCAGGACAGUGCUGCAUACCGAAACGGAGAUCCAGAAGAAGGCCAAUGACAAAGGCUUUUACUCAUCUCAGGCAAUUGAGAAAGCCAACGAGCUGGCCAGUGUAGAGAAGUCCAUAAUUGAGCAUCAAGACCUGCUGAAGCAGAUCCGCUCAUACCCACAUCGAAAGUCAAAGGGGUCUGCCUUGUGUUCUGCGGAGAUGGAGCGCACCCAGGAUCAGGCCGACCAGGUAGCCACUACCUCUGACCCUGAUGAGUCUGCCGACGCAGACCUUUACACCUGCAGACCUGCCUACACCCCCAAACUCAUCAAAGCAAAGUCCACCAAGUGUUUUGACAAGAAGUUGAAGACCUUGGAAGAGCUCUGUGACACGGAGUAUUUCACCCAGACCUUGGCUCAGCUCAGCCACAUCGAGCACAUGUUCAGAGGAGACCUGUGCUACCUCCUGACCAGCCAGAUUGACAGAGCGCUUCUAAAACAACAGCAUAUAACAAACUUCCUCUUUGAAGAUUUUGUGGAGGUCGACGACAGGGUGGUAGAGAAACAAGAGAGCACACCCCCUAAGCCCAGUCCAGGCAGGCCACCUUCCAGGUCUCUGGAAGAAUGUCCGAUUCCUCAAGUGUUAAUUAGCGUUGGCUCUUACAAGUCCAGUGUGGAGUCUGUGCCCAUCAAGAUGGACCAGGAACUUGGAGAUGAGGAGUACAAGGAAGUGGAGGGGGCAGAAUUGAGCAGUUUUGACGCCCAGGAGAACUUGGACUACCUGGAUAUGGAUAUGAAAGGGAGCAUCAGCAGUGGUGAAAGCAUCGAGGUUCUGGGCACGGAGAAGUCCACCUCUGUGCUGUCUAAGUCUGACAGCCAGGCCAGCCUCACGGUGCCAUUGAGCCCCCAGGUGGUCCGGAGCAAAGCAGUCAGCCACAGGACCAUCAGUGAGGACAGCAUCGAAGUCCUCAGCACCUGCCCCUCUGAGGCCCUCAUCCCUGAUGACUUUAAGGCCAGCUACCCAAGUGCCAUUAACGAAGAAGAGUCAUACGCGGAUGACAGCGAGGGAGCCAUCCACUUCCAGGCAAGCGUCAGCCCGCCAGAGCUGGGUGAGGCACAGGAGGGCAGCUUAGGAAACAUCCUGUCCCAGACAGACUCUUCUUGCUGCACUGGGAAGGAGAGUGACAGUCUGCAGCUGCCCCUCUCCACCCCAGGCCACACACACUGUGACCCAGACGGAGUAGUGAGCAGCCCCCCGCAGCGCUACAAGCAGAAAGACCAGGGGUUCCGUGUGGACUUUGCGGGGGAAAGUGCCAGCCCUUCCCGAGACACCAGUUCCGAAGGCUUCCCUGCUUUUGAGCUGGACCCGAGCCGCCUGCUGGCUAGCCGGGAUGUCAGCAAGACCAGCCUGGACAACUACUCGGACACCACCAGCACCAUGAGCAGUGUAGCCUCCACCAGCUCAGACAGGACUCCCUCCUCUGCUCAUCUCACCGGGCCCUCUUCUGAGAGGCAUAAAAAGAGGGCUGGCCAGAACGCCUUAAAAUUCAUCCGUCAGUACCCCUUUGCCCAUCCAGCCAUCUACUCCCUGCUCAGCGGGAGGACGCUUGUGGUCCUGGGGGAGGACGAGGCCAUCGUGCGGAAGCUCGUGACGGCACUGUCCAUCUUUGUCCCCAAUCACAGCCGUUACGCCAAACCGGUGAAACACUGGGUCUCCUCUCCUUUGCACAUCACGGAUUUUCAGAAGUGGAAGCUGAUCGGCCUGCAGAGAGUGGCGUCCCCAGCCGGCGCUGGCACCCUCCACACCCUGAGCCGCUACAGCCGCUACACGAGCAUCCUGGACCUGGACAGCAAAACCCUGCGCUGCCCCCUCUACAGAGGCGCCCUCGUGCCCCGGCUGGCCGACCACCGCACUCACAUCAAGCGGGGCGGCACCUACUACCUGCACGUCCAGAGCGUACUCACCCAGCUCUGCUCCAAGGCCUUCCUCUACACCUUUUGCCACCACCUGCACCUGCCUGUCCACGACAGGGAGACCGAGGAACUGCUGGCCAGCCGCCGGGCGAGCUUCCUGAAGCUGAACCUGGGUCUGGUGAAUGAAGACACGAAGGUGGUCCAGUACCUGGCGGAGCUGCUGAAGCUGCACUACAUGCAGGAGUCUCCCGGGCCUAGCCACCCCACGCUCAGGUUCGACUACGUCCCCAGCUUUUUGUACAAAAUCUGAGGGUCCCUCGUGUUCAAGAUGCCGCUUUGUUUUCUAACUGGGUGGCUAAUUGCUGUCUACUCAGGCCUCCAGGGACAUGACCUUACGACACUUGAUCUCCAAGGCGAACAAGGGUCUGGGGGGUCCGUUUGGCAAAGUUGAAAGCGAUCAUUGGCACCACCAUUGCUUUUCAUCCCAUUCCAUGGCGUUGUGGACUCUACAGUUGACAUUGCUCUUCCCUGGGAAACUGAUCGAAGCAGGAGGUCAGCUACAAGCGAAAGCCAGGCCAUACCGUAGUCUGAAGCAGAAGGCACUUUGGAAGGUGUUUGCUUGGAAACUCUGCCUCCAGGAUGAUUCUAGAAGCCCCGGGAUUCUAAGGCAAGAGACGAGUGGGGGGGAGGGGGGUGAAUAGAACAGGUAUGCCCCGUCCUGGGGCCAGCCUCAGGAAGAGCAGAUGACGAGUGUCUCCUUUGAGUCAUUCCUCCACGAAAGAGGGUUGGCUUCACGGACAAGUGAAGUAGUUAAACUCCAGUUUUAAAUUUUUGUUAAAAUCUAGCUUUUCAGUGUAGCAGUUUCAAAGGAUCGCUUGACGUCAAGUGUGUUUCUUUCCAAAGGGAAUUUAAAGGGGCAGUGGGACUGAGCCCGUCGGGGCAGGCACUGCGAAGGGCAGCCCUUCUCGGAGCUCCUCCGCUUUGGAGAGGUGGAACCCUCUAGAAGUCCCGCAUCUAUAAAUCUUAAGGCUGGGGAACUCUAUGCAACAGGACUGUCUCUUUUAAAAUAUUCAUUUCAGGUUUGCCUCAAAUAAAACAUUCUAAAAACACGUUGCAGAAAGUAGAGGAUCAGUGCCCCUUGACUGUCAGUCCUGACUCACUUUGAAGGCCCAGGCACCAAAACCGUCUGCGAUUUAUUUAAACUUUGCUUCCCAUCCGCUCCCACCGCCCUGCCCCAGCCACCCUUUUUCAAGCAGUCCAGGUUGAGAACAGCCUGAUCAGGCUAGAAGUUAUGCCAUAGUGAUUUCUAGAAGCUCCACGAUAGAGAUGAGCCAAAGCCUUUGUAGCAUGUAUGGCCCUUGGGACACUCCAGCCUGAGCUGUGGCCUCCCACCUCACCGUUUCCCUAGGGACGCCGCUCCUUCCAGUGGAAUCCUGGGAUUUUAGAAAUUGUGACUCUUCUGUGAUUUACUUGGGAUGGCUGAGGUUAUACAGAUUGCACCGGAACUUGGAAAUGAACCAUGAUAGCCCACCUGUCAUUUCUCCUCUAGCUUUUCACUUCUCUGUUGCUAUAGUCAAGGUAUUGUAGGAUUCAACCUCAAAUGACAUACCCCAGUUCAAAUCCUAGGAAUUCCAACAGUUUCCACCCCACGUGUCAGGGCUGCUACAGUUGACGUUUCUGGAGGCUGGGAGCAGCACGCCCGGUGACCACCCACUUCCACCAGUGCGGGACGCAUGUCCCCACCACCCCGGACCUGGUGUUGCAAGGCAGGUCACCUUCUCCACCGUGGUAACACUCAGCUGGCAGGGAGCCCAUCGCGAAGUGUGGACAGCCUUCAGAGGAGCUGAUCUGAGCCAGCAAUCCGGUUUUACUUCCCAUCUCCCAAGAAAGCUCAAAAGAAAGUGCCUUGGUUUGGGCUUUUGAAGCAAACCAGCUAGCUUUCUGGCUUUUCCCCAAAUGCUGUGACAGAAAGUGACAAAGAUAUGGUAUUAACAGACUGCAAAAAGGAAAAAGCAUCGAAUUGCUACUUCUGGACGGAAAUAAAACCAGUCUCAGCUGAUAGGGUCCAAGCACACCAAGUUUUCCUGAGCCCCCAAAGGAGAACACUGUGAGCAGUGACCUAAUCUGGCCUCAUCUGUUACGGUUUGGUAUGACUGUGGUGGGGAGAAGGCGCGGGAAGGGGUGGGGACAAGCACUUCACAGUGAAUUAAUUAAGCCACCGGUGCAGAGCCUGGGCUUCCUGAGAGUCCUUGUCUAGCUCCAAAGUGGAGGCAACAUGGGGGGACUUGGAGAUGUCCUGGUGGGGGGUGGGGAGCCAGGCCCCCAAACAGAAGACUGUCCUGGCAGCAUAACAGCAUCCCAAGUUGAGGCAGAGCUAUGGGGACUGGUGUGUCACCCACACCCUGUGCAGUCUGCGGCAGCUGUCCCCACCCGUGCUGGACCCUAGAUCCCAGGGGCCCCUCCCAGGCAGGACCAUGGGGUGCCUCGCCCACUGACUUCCCAACGCUGGCUGGCUACACAGGUUGGGUUAAAAUAAACGCCACCUUUUAAGGCUCCAGUGAAAAGCAUAGUCUGUGAUGAAUUCGUAUUUGUUAUUUUUGGAAAGCUAUUUUAUUACUGCAUGUCCCUCUGUCCGUGUGUGUGAGUGUGAGUCCUAGCGCCACAUGAGCUGCCGGCGCCACCGCGCCGCGUGUUCGUAUUGCGAACACGUGAGUGACGGCAGCUCUCCGGUCCGGCUGCACCAGAAUUUAACCAGAGUAAAUACCAAGCAAAUAGUAUGAGAAGUGUACUUUUUAAGAAAUUAAUUUAUUUGAGUUAUUUUUGAAAUAUAAAAGUUGGUUGUAUUUUUUAAAGCUAUCAUAAUUCUUGUAGACAUUCUGUGGGUACAUAUUUGAUUGUGCUUAUUAAAAAUGGUCAUCUAUGUUUUGCACUUCAGCUCUGUGAAAAAUAAAGUUUCUCUGGGAAGGUGA